AUGGCAAAGAGCAUGCGUAGUAAAGUCAAGAGACGUUUCCGUGCAAUUAAACGACAGUCUGUCUUUGAACCAGUUGAAGCUGCUCGAGUACAAAGACUUGCUGGAAAUCAAGUAGAGGCAGUUGGACUACAACAAAUGAAAUCCACGUUAAUAGAAAAGGAGGGAUCACAAGAACAAUCACCAACGCAGAACGCAAAUUUAUACUCUACAACAGAUAUAACUUCAGGUUCGUUAUGUUAUGGAAUAUUAGGAUUGAUCGAUCCUGAUAUUAUUGAUUCAACGAACUUUGAAGGGUUAAUGAAUAUGGUAAUAGAUACUGAUGCUCCAAAGAUUUCUACAAGUGGACCAAGGAAUAGUAGACAUCAACAAUGGAAAAGGAAAAAGCUUGCUGGGAAAAAGAAACUUGCUGGGAAAAAGAAACGGAAUGUUUUAGUACAUUUUUAA